AUCGAUGAGGAGCUGCUCGAUUGCUCUGCUGUCUGCACACCGAGUCCGAGUAAAAAAGACUUGAACCUGCCUUAUCCAAACUCCCCACCAGCGCUCGAAAGAUGUCUGCAACCUCUGCUUUCCUCCACGUUCCGUUAUCCCAAUUCAAAUCCCUCACCCUCUCCACCCCAUUUCUCCACGGAUCCACCCCAAUUUCCCUUCUAUCUAAACCCUCUUCUUCUCUCUCCAAUGCCCGCACUUCACCCCUUACAGUUCUCCCCCCAAUUCGAGCCAUGAAAUCAAUGCAAGGCCGAGUUGUUUGUGCCACCAAUGACAAAACCGUGGCCGUGGAAGUUACACGCCUCGCGCCGCAUCCCAAGUACAAGAGGAGGGUCAGGAAGAAGAAGAAGUAUCAGGCUCAUGACCCUUUAAACCAAUUCAAAGUUGGGGACUUUGUGCAGCUUGAAAAGGGCAGGCCCAUUAGCAAGACUAAAACUUUUCUUGCUGUCCCUGUUGUUGGAAGGAAUGCGCCCAAGGCGAAAGAGUUGGUCCCGCAGGAGCUUGGACUGAAGCUUGAGUCUGACCAGCAAAAUCAGAUUGAGGGCUCUGUUGGUACUUGAAAAAUCUUAACUUGGAUUGUGCCAUUUUCUUUACUCAUCCAGCUCUUGAGAUGGAUUUUUCUGUCUGAUAGCUGAUUUUUUUUAGUUUUAUGUAAUGUGAUGGAUUUUGGUUUUGGACUUAUAUAUUUUGCCCGGUUAUGGACUUUGGUUGUUCAGAGA